UAGUCGUGUCCUAAUGGGCCGAUUAGUAGUUCAAGGAAGCAAGAACGCCUCAGAAGUGGAGCAUCGAAGCGGCAGUAGUUUUUCAAAGAGAAGAUGAAGAAAGCGUUGAGAGUUUACGCUCAGAUGCUACGGUUGGUGAGGCGCUUGCCAAAAGACUCGAGGCCUUACUACGCUAAAUACGCCCGCGAGAACUUCGUUAAUUAUAGGGACUUCGACGCCUCCGACUCCCAAGCCCUCGACGAGCUCUUCCACCGCGCCUAUAACCACUCUCUUUGGGUCCUUAACAAGUACUCGGUGGAUGAAUUAGCGGCCCAGAAGCUGAAGGAGAUUUGCUUCGAUGGAUGAACGCGUAAUGUCAACUAGGUGUUUGUUAUAAUGCUCAAAAUGGGAUUCGGGUGGGCUUUUUUUUUUUUUUUAUUAAUCAUUUUAAAUGCAAAUUCUAGUUUCCUUUGUGUAAUCUAGGCAAUGUUUCUUUGAUAUCAAUAUCAUUGCCCGUCUCGAGAUAGUGUUGAAUAUAUACAGCAAUUUUGGUUAUAAAAUCUGUUUUCUAUCCUAUGUAAUCUCUUAGAUUUCAGUUUUGAUGUUGAAUAUUCAGAGACUAAUUAUUUAUUAACGGGUUUGCUUUUCUUUACUUCCUUCUUUUCUAGUUUCUAGUAAUAAUUCAGAUUUGGUCA